GUGGGCUAAUAUUCUUGGGAGUAGGAAAUACCUUACAAAAUUGACCAAAUCAGUAUACCAAGUACAAGAAACCAAGUUAACAAGUCAAACUCAGCCGGAACCUGUCUUUGGAGGACAGAGAGAUCAUCAUCUUGUUCUUUCAUGGCGGAGGGAGAAACAACCUUGGAGUACACGCCGACAUGGGUGGUGGCUGCGGUGUGCAGUGUCGUAGUGCUCAUCUCUCUAGCCGUCGAGAGAGUCCUUCACUACACUGACAAGUAUCUCAAGAAAAAGACCCAGAAACCUGUCUUUGAGGCCUUGCAGAAGAUCAAACAAGAAUUGCUUUUGGGGCUUAUCGCACUGCUGCUGACGACGUUCCAAGACCGUUUAGGAAAAAUCUGCAUAACGGAGACACAGGCCAGCCAAUGGCUGCCUUGUAAGAAACAAGACACGAGUACUAGUACUACUGCUCCUCGCUACUGUUCAGAGGGGAAGGUCCCAUUGUUAUCCGCAAUUGCAUGGCAUCAUCUUCAUAUCUUCAUCUUUGUGCUAGCUGCGGUGCAUGCAACUUUCUGUGUUCUAACCAUUCUUUUUGCAAAGGCAAAGAUGAGUCAAUGGAAACGUUGGGAGGAUUCUAUCAAAAGUGAUUACCAUCCAGAAGAAGUUUUGAAAAUGAAGAUCAUUGCCGUCCAUGAUCAUGAUUUUAUCAGGAGUCGUGUUCUGGGUUUUGGAAGGAAGUCAGAUUUCAUAGGUUGGUUGUUUGCAUUUUUGAAACAAUUUUAUGGGUCUGUGAGCAAAGAAGAUUAUUUGACAAUGCGACAUGGCUUCGUUCAGACCCAUUGCAGGGGAAAUCCGAAAUUUAAUUUCCACAAGUAUAUGAUACGUGCCCUUGCAGCAGAUUUUAAGAGUGUAGUAGGAAUAAGUUGGUAUCUUUGGAUCUUUGUGGUCAUCUUCUUGUUGCUGAAUGUCUGGGGUUGGCAUUCCUAUUUUUGGAUAGCUUUCAUUCCCUUAAUUCUAUUACUUGCUGUUGGCACUAAGUUGGAGCAUGUUAUUACUCAAUUGGCCAAUGAGGUUGCUGAGAAGCACAUUGCAAUCGAAGGGGACUUGGUUGUUCAACCUUCAGAUUAUCAGUUUUGGUUCCACAGGCCCAGACUGAUUCUCUUCCUGAUACAUAUCAUCUUGUUCCAAAAUUCUUUUCAACUGGCAUAUUUCUUCUGGUUAUGGUAUCAAUAUUCAUUUGAUUCCUGCAUAAUGGGGAAAGUCGCUUAUAUUAUCCCAAGACUCAUUAUUGGAGCAUUCAUUCAGUUCGUCUGCAGUUACAGUACCUUCCCGUUGUAUGCAAUCGUCACACAGAUGGGAAGUUCAUUCAAGAAGGCCAUAUUUGAAGAACAUAUACAAGAGGGCCUUAUUGGAUGGGCUCGGUCAGCGAAAAGGAACAAGCCGUUGAGACGUGCAGAUCCCAAAGAGGCUUGUGUGACAGUUAAUGAGUCGUCAGUGGAAGUUGGCACCACAGGAGAAAUUGAGCUUGAACCGCCACUGAGGUCACCCAAAUGAAAAAUGCACCCAAAGUGAUAAAUUAAGUAGCAAAACUUCAACAGAAGGAAGUUCAGCCAUUUGGUGUACAUGCAGAAAGUGGAAGGAAACCUCAAGAAGAUCACUUGUUCCACUUAGUUUUGGAACAUUCAUCUCCUUUUUCUUGUAAUAUUUUUCAUCCAGAUGCCAACUUUAUAUAUUCACAUAUA